UGUUCGUCAAAGGACGUUAUAAGGACAAGAAAUGUAAACUCACAUUUUUAUUAUCAGAAAUUGCAUUGUGUCUACUGCUGACAAACGGAAGAAAGGGAAACGGGUAGUGAAUUAGAUUGCAUAUGUCUUUCAAGUGUUAAUAAGGGUGGCUCCAUUACGAACAAAUGGCCUAACGCUCGGGCAUCAGCAGUUUAGAAAGUACCACUUUAAUAGUACAAUGCCAUCCCCUACCACACCCAUGAUAAGAGAACAAAAAUCAAUCUUUCGUAUGCAAAGGAAACUCAUCCCAGAGGAUGGAGACUACUUUACCAGUAAUAUUCGGCGUAAUAUAUUUCUUGGAAGAUCUGUUAGUGGCAAUCAGCAUUUUAAUCGCUUUGGGCUGCGAAGUGCGAAACCUGGCUAAAGGGAAUUAUUAUGAGGUAAAGCAAUGGCAAUUUAUCUUUUUCAUGAUUUGGGACACGUUCUUUGAAACAACCUCACUGCUCAGUUUAUUGUUGAUAUCAUUCGAGCGCCUUUACGCAGUUCGCUGGCCUUUCCGUCAUCGCACUUUGAGCACCAGAGCCUAUAUCUACAGUCUCGUCUUUUUGUGGAUUAUUGCUGUCCUUGUCCUCGCGUUUGCGUGUUUUUCGUUGGCCUUUGUUGAAUAUAGCAGAGUGAUUUAUUAUAUUACUGUCUUUAUUUUCUUGUUUGUGUUGAUUCUCAUCUGUGUAGGAUAUUUCUUUAUUUACCUGCAAACAAAACAGAAUAUUCCCGACGGAUUCCACCUGAGACGCAUACAACAAAACAAGAAAUUGAGCAAGACUCUCUGCAUUGUCACGUUUUCCUCCCUCGCCUGUUGGUUUCCUUCUAUCGUCAUAGCUCUAGCUAUCGAUUACACAAAGUACUACACUGCGAAUUCAUUGAACUUAACUCACUCGUCACACAAUCUUAUUCGUUUCUUCAAGAUCAUGCAAUACGGGAACUCCCUUAUCAAUCCCAUAGUUUACAGCUUUCGAAUGCCAUUGUUCAAGUCAGAAAUCAAGGAGUGCUUGAUUAAAAUCUUUGGGGCAACGGAAACAGUCAUCGGUGUAGAUCAACAAAUAGGUGUACGCUCUAAGCCAAGCAAACAGAAAGUUAUUAAUUUAGAAUUUCACGAUACGAAACUAUAAUGCUUUUAUGCAAGCAAGUCAUCU